AUGCUUUCUGCCUCCAGAAGAUCUAUGGCUAAGGUGCCACGCUCCGUUCGUGGGCUCGCUACCGCCGGCCUUACCAGAGACUCGAAGGUCCACCAAAACUUGUUGGAGGACUACUCUUAUAUUCAAUACAAGAAGCACUUGGAGAACGUCAACAUCGUCAAGGAAAGAUUGAACAGACCAUUGACUUACGCCGAGAAGUUGUUGUACGGUCACUUGGACGACCCUCACGGACAAGACAUUGAGAGAGGUGUCUCUUACUUGAAGUUGAGACCUGACAGAGUUGCUUGUCAGGAUGCCACCGCUCAGAUGGCUAUCUUGCAGUUCAUGUCUGCUGGUAUGCCUCAGGUUGCUACCCCAUCCACCGUUCACUGUGACCACUUGAUUCAGGCCCAGGUUGGUGGUGCUAAGGAUUUGGCUAGAGCCAUUGACUUGAACAAGGAGGUUUACGACUUCUUGGCCUCCGCAUGUGCCAAGUACAACUUGGGUUUCUGGAAGCCAGGUUCCGGUAUCAUUCACCAGAUUGUGUUGGAGAACUACGCCUUCCCAGGUGCUUUGUUGAUUGGUACUGACUCCCACACUCCAAACGCUGGUGGUUUGGGUCAGUUGGCUAUUGGUGUCGGUGGUGCUGAUGCCGUCGAUGUCAUGGCCGGUUUGCCAUGGGAGUUGAAGGCUCCAAAGAUUAUCGGUGUUAAGUUGACCGGUAAGAUGUCUGGUUGGACCUCUCCAAAGGAUAUCAUCUUGAAGUUGGCUGGUAUUACUACCGUCAAGGGUGGUACCGGUGCCAUUGUCGAAUACUUCGGUGACGGUGUUGACACCUUCUCUUGUACCGGUAUGGGUACUAUCUGUAACAUGGGUGCCGAGAUUGGUGCCACCACCUCUGUGUUCCCAUUCAACCCAUCCAUGGUUGAGUACUUGAACGCUACCGGCAGAAGCGAUAUCGGUAAGUUCGCUGAGUUGUACCAGAAGGACUUCUUGUCUGCUGACGAGGGCUGUGAGUACGACCAGAUUAUCGAGAUUGACUUGAACACUUUGGAGCCUCACAUUAACGGUCCAUUCACCCCAGAUUUGGCUACCCCAGUCUCCAAGAUGAAGGAGACCGCCAUUGCCAACGGCUGGCCAUUGGAGGUCAAGGUCGGUUUGAUCGGUUCUUGUACCAACUCCUCUUACGAGGACAUGUCUCGUGCUGCUUCCAUCAUCACCGACGCUGGUGAGCACGGAUUGAAGGCCAAGUCCAUCUACACUGUCUCUCCAGGUUCCGAGCAGGUUAGAGCCACCAUUGCCAGAGACGGCCAGUUGAAGACCUUCGAGGACUUCGGUGGUGUCGUUAUGGCUAACGCCUGUGGUCCAUGUAUCGGUCAAUGGGACAGACGUGACAUCAAGAAGGGUGACAAGAACACCAUUGUCUCUUCUUUCAACAGAAACUUCACCUCCAGAAACGACGGUAACCCAGCUACCCACGCUUUCGUUGCUUCUCCAGAGAUGACCACUGCUUAUGCCAUUGCCGGUGACUUGGGUUUCAACCCAAUUACUGACACCUUGAAGGACGCUAACGGAAAGGAGUUCAAGUUGAAGGAGCCAACUGGUGUUGGUUUGCCACCAAACGGUUACGACCCAGGUGAAAACACUUACCAGGCUCCACCUGCCGACAGAGCCUCUGUUGAGGUUGUCAUUUCCCCAACCUCCGACAGAUUGCAGAAGUUGACUCCUUUCAAGCCAUGGGACGGUAAGGACGCCGAGGGUUUGCCAAUCUUGAUCAAGGCUGUUGGUAAGACCACCACUGACCAUAUCUCUAUGGCCGGUCCAUGGUUGAAGUACCGUGGACACUUGCAGAACAUUUCUAACAACUACAUGAUUGGUGCUAUCAACGCUGAGAACGGUGAGGCUAACAACGUCAAGAACCUCUACACUGGUGAGUACAACGGUGUCCCAGACACUGCUGCUGCCUACAGAGACGCUGGCCACAGAUGGGUUGUCAUUGGUGAUGAGAACUUCGGUGAGGGUUCUUCCAGAGAGCACGCUGCUUUGGAGCCAAGAUUCUUGGGUGGUUUCGCUAUCAUUACCAAGUCUUUCGCUCGUAUUCACGAGACCAACUUGAAGAAGCAGGGUUUGUUGCCAUUGAACUUUGUCAACGUCGCUGACUACGACAAGAUCAACCCAGAGGACACCGUUGACCUUCUCGGUUUGACCACUCUUGCCCCAGGUAAGAACGUCACCUUGAGAGUCCACCCUAAGGAUGGCUCUCCAGCUUGGGAUGCUGAGUUGUCCCACACUUACAACUCUGAGCAGAUCGAGUGGUUCAAGUACGGUUCUGCUUUGAACAAGAUGGCCAGCGCUUAA